AUGGUUGCCAGGCCAGUGUCGCACCUCCUUCGUUCGCGAUGCCUGCUGCGCAAGCCCCAGAACACCCAGGCUUUCUCGACCCGAAGCAGUCUUCGUGCUGCUGAUCAUGGUGAUCACUACGAUCCGCCCACUGGCUGGCUGUUUGGCGUGAAGCCCGGCCAGAAGUACGAGAAGGAAGGUUGGGAGGGGAUUUGGUACUACGGAUUCAUUGGCAGUCUGGUGGCCGCUGGCGUUGCAUAUGUGUUCAAGCCUGACACCUCCAUACAAACCUGGGCUCUCGAGGAAGCUCGCCGACGACUUGAGGCUGAAGGCAUCCUGGAGGAUUCUGAGAAGACCCAGAAAUAG